AUGGUGCUUCGAACGGCAUCUCGUUUGGUGGUUUCCUUUGCGAUCACUUCAAGGAACGCAAGAAGUCUCACUACUGGUAGUACAGUCGUUUCCAGACUCAAUGACAGUUCAUUGCUCGACUGGAACAAAGAAUCAUCUUCAUCAUUGACCAGUUUCCCAGUGUUUGAUCCGGCUUCUCCUGGCACAGUCCUUGCCGAGGUCCAAAGCGUAGAUGCUGCAGAAGCGAUCGAAAAAUCCAAAGAUGCACUGGCUUCAUGGAGGGAUGACACAACUGCCUCCUUUCGCUCGACUUGCCUGUCUGAAUGGAGUAGACUUGUCAAAUCGAACAGUGAAGAUCUUGCCAUCAUCAUGACCUUGGAGUCAGGCAAACCCUUGGCAGAAUCCAAGGGAGAAGUCAAUUAUGCGGCGACAUUUCUAGAUUACUACGCAGCGGAGGCCAUUCGCCCUACCGGUGCGGGUGGGGGGUUCAUGGUGCCGUCUCCCUUUGCCACACCGUCUGGUGGUCCAAAAGGAAACGUGCUGGCCGUGCAACAAGCAGUGGGGGUCUGUGCCCUUAUUGCACCUUGGAACUUUCCAAUGGCUAUGAUUACUAGAAAGGCUGGACCGGCGUUGGCGGCGGGAUGUACUGCCAUUGUGAAACCCAGUGAAUUGACGCCCCUGAGUGCUAUUGCCUUGGAUAAUUUAGCAAAACAAGCUGGUAUUCCCUCCGAUGUCUUUCAAGUUGUCACUGUAAGUACUGAAGAAACGCCAAGUGUGGGGGAACUUUUGGCAACAAGUCCACACAUUCAAAAGCUUAGUUUCACAGGUUCUACGAGGGUGGGAAAGCUUCUUAUGAAACAGAGCAGUGAGACUGUCAAGCGCUUAUCUUUAGAGCUAGGUGGUAACGCUCCCUUUGUUGUAUUUGAGGACGCAGAUAUCGACCAAGCGGUGACUGCCGCAAUGGCCAGCAAGUUUCGAAAUGCGGGACAAACUUGUGUCUGCGCCGAUCGUUUCUUGGUUCACUCUUCCGUUCAUGACAUCUUUGUAGAAAAGCUGGUGGAAAAGACAAAAGCAAUUAAAGUUGGUGCGGGGAUAGAAGCUGACACCACCAUGGGUCCUCUGAUUACUCUGCAAGCAGCCGAUUCGGUGUUGGAGAAAGUUCGAGCCGCUAUUGAAGAAGGGGCUACUUGUGAACUUGGAGGGAACCGCCUCGAUGGUCAGUUUUUCGAGCCAACCAUACUAACACAUGUUUCAACUGAAAGUGACAUAUGGAAGACGGAAAGCUUUGGGCCCGUGGUUCCUGUCGUCAAGUUUGAGACGGAAGAGGAAGCUUUGACGAUUGCGAAUGACUCCUCUGUCGGCUUGGCAUCCUACUUUUGCACAGAAAAUCUUUCAAGAGUCUUUCGGUUUUCCAACAGCCUCGAAGCUGGCCUCGUUGGAGUUAACGAAGGGAUUAUUAGUUCCUGUGUCGCGCCAUUCGGAGGCGUCAAAGAAAGUGGCCUGGGUAGAGAAGGCAGUCACUUAGGCCUGGCUGAGUAUCUGGAAACAAAAUAUGUCUUCAUUAAUUCCUAG